UAAAUGUACAUAAAAUUCAUUUGAAAGUCCAUUCAGGAUCGCGAAUUUCUUCUUACUUCAAACAUGUCACAUCAUCGUUAUAUAGUGUUUCCCGACGAUUACAAAGGAUACAGCGUAAACUUUUUCUGUAUUCCUAAACAUUACGAAGAUUCUUUAGAAUGUAUUCUAAUACCAUCUGGUAUCGUACAAGACAGAGUAGAAAGAUUAGCGAGAGAUAUUGUAGAAGACUUCGGACACGGACAAAUAGUGGUUCUAUGUGUUUUGAAAGGAGGUUAUAAAUUUUUUACGGAUUUAUUAGACAAAAUGAAACUUUUCGUUCAAGAUAAACUCGUUCAAAUAAAACUCGAUUUUAUUCGAUUAAAGAGUUAUGAGGACGAUCAAUCGAAAGGUACUAUCGAUGUAAUUGGAGGUGAUAAUCUUGAUUUAGAGGGAAAGGUACUGUACAUACGUCGAUUUAAAAGUUUUCUAUUACGAACCGUUUAGUUCGAUAAUUAUUAAAAAAAAAA